UGGUAUUAUUUCCCAUACAUUAUUUGAUAACAUGGAUUUCGGAAAAUAUGACUGGACACUAAGAUGGCGUUUGGGCUAUGGACUGACGUCGCGAGGCAUUCUGUUUAUUAUUUUUCUCAGUCAUAUUGCCGGCGGUCAAAUACGUUAUUCAAUCCCAGAGGAAAUGAAGAAGGGAUCCCUUAUUGGUAAUGUCGCAUUGGACCUCGGAAUAUCUGCGCAGAGGCUCCGUUCUGGUCGGGCCCGUGUCGUGACAGGAGAAAGCAUCCAGUACACCGAGCUGAAGACAGACAAAGGGACGCUGGUAGUAAAUGAGAGGAUAGACCGAGAGCAGCUUUGUGCAGAGGUAACACCGUGUAGCUUCAGCUUUGAUUUGAUUUUGGAAAACCCGAUGGAACUGCAUCACGUGACGGUCGAAGUGUUGGACAUUAAUGAUAAUUCACCUUCUUUUCAUCAGCAUGACAUGCAAUUAACGAUUGGAGAAUCAGCCGUACCUGGAGCACGUUUUGUUUUGCCAACAGCCAAUGAUCCUGAUGUCGGAGUUAAUGCACUGCAGGACUAUCAUUUAUCUCCAAAUGGAAAUUUUAUUUUAAAAACAUAUUCAAAUUCUGACGGAAGAAAAUAUGCUGAGAUGGUUCUUGAGAAACCACUGGAUAGAGAGCAAUAUCCAAGUUUGUCCCUAAAGCUAAUAGCAUUUGACGGUGGGACGCCACAUACAUCGGGUACGGUAAUUAUAGAUAUCACUGUCUUGGAUCAUAACGAUAAUUCUCCUGUUUUCAAUCAAACAGUUUAUAAGGCCAAUGUAGUGGAAAACUCCCCCGGAGGUACAUAUAUCAUCACGGUUAAUGCCACUGACGCAGAUAGCGGAUCAAAUGGUUUGAUUUAUUAUUCUAUUUCCAAAAUGCAAGGCAGUAUAGACAGCAUAUUUGAAAUUAACAAAACAACGGGUGUGAUAUUUCUUUCAAGGCAGGUUGACUAUGAAAAAGCAAAAAAGUAUGAAAUACGCAUUGAAGCAACAGACCAAGGAGCUUUAACAGACUCAAGUAAGGUUAUAGUUGGGGUGAUUGAUGUGAAUGAUAACUCACCUGUAUUAAAUGUCAUGUCCUUCACUAGCCCUGUGUCAGAAGACUCUCCUCCUGGUACAACUAUUGGAAUUAUAAAUGUGAAAGAUCUUGAUUCAGGUGAAAACGGAAAGGUAACAUGUAAAAUAGAACAAAAUGCACCUUUUAAGAUUAAAUCUAAUUUAAGAAAUUACUACACUUUGGUAACAGACACGGUAUUGAAUCGUGAAAGUGUUUCAGAAUAUAAUAUCACUAUAGUUGUGACAGAUGCAGGAAGGCCUCCUCUCUCGACAAGAAAACACUUUAAUUUAAAGAUCUCUGAUGUGAACGAUAAUGCUCCUGCGUUUUCACAAAGUGUUUACAGUGCAUUUAUUGCAGAGAAUAACUCUCCAGGUAUUUAUGUUCUCACUGUGAGAGCUGAAGAUCCUGAUGAAAACCAAAACGCCCGUAUAUCUUAUAUUCUGGAAGAUACUAAAAUCGGCGGGUCUCCGGUUUCUGAAUAUGUUUCUAUCAAUGCAGAAAGCGGAGUUAUACAUGCGUUGCGCUCAUUUGAUUAUGAGCAGAUCAAACAUUUGGUUGUCGAAAUCAAAGCUCAGGAUGGAGGCUCUCCUCCACUCAGUAGCAAUGUGACUGUGAAAAUACUGAUCCAGGACCAGAACGACAACCCUCCUCAGGUCCUGUACCCAGUCCAGACUGGUGGCUCUCUGGUGGCUGAGAUGGUGCCUCGUUCAGCAGAUGUGGGCUAUCUGGUCACUAAAGUGGUGGCUGUUGAUGUGGACUCUGGACAGAAUGCCUGGCUCUCCUAUAAACUGCAGAAAGCCACAGACAGGGCGCUGUUUGAAGUGGGCUUACAGAAUGGAGAAAUAAGGACUAUCCGCCAGGUGACUGAUAAAGAUGCUGUGAAACAAAGACUGUCUGUUAUAGUGGAGGACAACGGGCAGCCCUCUCGUUCAGCUACAGUCAUUGUUAACGUGGUGGUGGCUGACAGCUUCCCGGAAGUGCUGUCUGAGUUCACUGACUUUACACAGGACAAGGAGUACAAUGACAACCUGACUUUUUACUUAGUGCUGGCUCUGGCUGUAGUGUCCUUCCUCUUCAUCACGUGUUUAGUGGUUAUUAUAUCAGUGAAGAUCUACAGGUGGAGACAGUCUCGCAUCAUGUUUCACUCCAAUCCCCCUGUGAUUCCUUAUUAUCCUCCACGUUACUCAGACACUUUGGGGACAGGGACUCUCCAACACGUGUACAACUAUGAGGUGUGCAGGACGACUGACUCCAGAAAGAGUGACUGUAAGUCCGGCGGAGCCGGUAGUCAGAACGUGCUGAUAAUGGACCCCAGUUCUUCAAGGACGAUGCAGCGGAUACAGAGUGAAAAGAGCAUCCUGGAUGAACCUGACUCUCCUCUAGAGGUUAGUCAAAUAAUGUAG